AUGACUUCGAAUCCGACGUACGAAGGAGACAACGAGGGCAUUGAGCAGGAGGCCGAGGCCGUCUUUCUUGAUAACACUGUUUACGACUUUGAGGAUAAGCAGUUGGGUUAUGGGGAUGCCGACACUCACGGAUUUGCAUUCGGAAUCCUUGACACAAAGGCCUUCUACAUGACCGAGGCAGUAAGGGAUGCGCUGAUGAAUACCCCCGUAGAGGGUAGUGACCUCACCCUAUCUUCUGUCAACUCCAUUGCUGACUACUGGAAUAUACUGAGGGAUCCUUUGAUCCGCACCCUCUUCAACAACAAGUGGUACAACAGCAAGCUAAUCAGCGGCAACGACUCAUACUACAUAGGCUAUGAAUCCGUGAGAUUGGGAUUGGUACGAAUUCGUCAGUUACGUGUCACCAACCACUCCUGCAGCAUUCCAGCCGACUUUGCAAAACAAAUUACCACUUGUUAUGGCCUCUAUUCCGCCGCCACUGAAGACAGGUCGGCCUACGGUCCAGGCAAUUCGACUGCUUGGACCUACACGUCGGGAGAUGAGUUACAAAUGGGCAUCCAUUUCGGCACAGUGGCGGCGUAUGGCGGUGGCGGGUACUACCUGGACCUCCCGCAGGACAUGAACUCAGCUUUGGAAAGUGUGAACGAGUUAUUUGAAAAUCUCUGGGUGGAUCGGGGCACCAGCGCCAUCUUCCUCCACUUCACUGUCUACAACUCAAAUACCAAUCUCUUCUGUGUUGUCUCACUUGUUGCUGAGCUCCCUCCAACAGGUGGAAUCCUUAUUAACUGUUACUUCAGAACGGUAAAACUUCUACGCUAUGUUCGUACCCAGGAUUAUGUUGUACUGAUGUUCGAGUGUCUGUUCCUACUCUUUAUUGCUUAUUACAUUGCCGAGGAGGCUAUCGAGAUUUGCAAUCUUGGCUACAAGUACCUUACAAAAUUCUGGAACCUCCUGGACGUUGCUGUUAUAUUACUCUCCUGCAUCUGUGCUGGAUUCAACAUUUACCGCACGAUACGAGUAAAUGCCACGUUGAGCAGUCUUCUUAACAAUCCCAAUAAGUACUCCAACUUCGAGAAACUUAGCUACUGGGAAGUGCACUUUAACUAUGCCAUCGGUGUGCUUGUUUUCCUGGUUUGGAUCAAGAUCUUUAAGUACGUCAGCUUCAAUAAGACCAUGAAUCAGCUGAAUUUGACCCUGGCGAAUUGUGCAAAGGAUGUUGCCGGUUUCGGCGUCAUGUUCUUUAUCGUCUUCUUCGCGUUUGCCCAAUUGGGCUACCUGGCUUUCGGCACACAAGUCUCCGACUUUGGCACUUUUCCAACAUCCCUCAUGACUCUCUUCCGCAUCAUUUUGGGCGACUUCGAUUUCCAAGCUUUGCAAGACGCACAAAGCGUCUUCGGUCCGCUCUACUUCCUUGUUUACAUCUUCUUUGUCUUCUUUGUCCUCAUUAACAUGUUCAUCGCCAUCAUCAAUGACACCUACCUCGAGGUGAAGUCGAAUUUGCUAAAUCAGCCCAGUGAGCUCCACAUGAAGGCAUUUUUCAAGCAAGUAGGUCCACCUCUUAAACAUCAAAAGGCGAAUAUGAAGUUAAGGCGUCUGAGGGAAAUGCGCAACAAGAUGAAACAGAAGAAGAAUCAACUUCAGGAGAUUCAGGACGCUAUCGAUGCUGUUGCCAUGGAAGAGGACGAUGUGCCCAUCGACGAUUUAAAAGCGGAAAUAAACAAGGAACUUAAUGAAACAGAACUGGCCAAAAUUUUGUGCAAAGCUGACGCAAACAGUGACAUGAAGUUGAAUACAAACGAGCGCAGAGCACUACGCGAAACCCUGGAGAAUAAAAAGCUGAGUUUGAUGCAGGAGAUGUUCAAUUUCCAAGAGGCAGAGAUUGGACAAUCGUACGAGCAAUUCUCCAAGCUCUUGACCACCCAAGUGGCGAGUAAGGAGGACAUGGAUCGAGCGUACUCGCGUCUCAUUCGACUGGAGAAUUGCCUCAAAAAUGUGACUGAUCGCCUACGCUGUAUGGUCCAGAGGUUAGAGCACAGUCAAGAGGUUAAAAACAAGCGCACAGAGCAGAUGCAAAACCUGUUAGAAAAUCUCAUCUCGGCUGUUAAUGCAACACCACCACCUCCACCAUCACCACAGUCGUCUCAGCCAAGCUUUGACCAACACACGAGUGUGGAUGCUACUGAAAUGUUAUCAGUAGGCCCUCCGCCAGCCGAUGGAAUUAGGAAGAGGCCCAAUAGGAACCUCUCCUUAAAAGGAUUCACCAAAUUUAGCAAACAGCGAGAGGAGUAA